GGAAAAUAGCGCCCGGUGGUUCUGAAGCGCUUUGUUGGUAGCGGGGCCGCGUCAGCCCGGCCGGGUACCAGGCGCCUCGGGUCCCCGCAACAUCUCCCCGCUGCUCCUCCGCCGCCGCUCCCGAAGCUUUUCCAGAUUUUUACAAAGUGAUCAAAGCUGUUUACAAAUGUCAGUUUCCUAAAAUAGUUUACCAAAGCCUUCUGAAAUUUUGACCUGAAAAUCAAGAAGCCACAUUUUUAAAGUUCAUCAGCUAACAUAAUAGCACAGUACCUGGGAAGAGGUGAUUGUAUUGUAAGAAAACAAAAGGCAUCAGUAAAAUUUUAAAAAGAAUGCUUCUUGAUUCUUCUUCUGAUAACUAAAUAUCUGGUAUACCUGAUCUAGUCCUUUCCUAUGUCCCUGGUAGAUUUGGGAAAGAAGCUUUUAGAAGCAGCACGAGCAGGUCAAGAUGAUGAAGUUCGGAUUUUGAUGGCAAAUGGAGCUCCUUUUACUACAGAUUGGUUGGGUACAUCUCCACUUCAUCUAGCAGCACAAUAUGGGCACUAUUCAACCACAGAAGUAUUACUACGAGCUGGUGUAAGCCGAGAUGCCAGAACUAAAGUGGACCGAACUCCAUUACACAUGGCAGCAUCUGAAGGCCAUGCAAGCAUAGUAGAAGUUUUACUUAAGCAUGGCGCUGAUGUCAAUGCAAAGGACAUGCUCAAGAUGACAGCACUACACUGGGCUACAGAACAUAACCAUCAAGAGGUGGUAGAACUUUUAAUUAAAUAUGGUGCUGAUGUCCACACACAAAGUAAAUUUUGUAAAACUGCUUUGGAUAUUUCAAUAGACAAUGGAAAUGAAGAUUUGGCAGAAAUACUACAGAUUGCAAUGCAGAACCAAAUAAAUACAAACCCAGAGAGCCCUGACACUGUGACGAUCCAUGCGGCAACACCACAGUUUAUCAUUGGACCUGGAGGGGUGGUGAACCUAACAGGUCUGGUAUCCUCAGAAAAUUCAUCCAAGGCAACAGAUGAAACGGGAGUAUCUGCUGUUCAGUUUGGAAACUCAUCUACAUCAGUAUUAGCUACAUUAGCUGCUUUAGCUGAAGCUUCUGCUCCAUUGUCCAAUUCAUCAGAAACCCCAGUAGUGGCUACUGAGGAGGUGGUGACUGCAGAAUCAGUAGAUGGUGCAAUCCAGCAAGUUGUUAGCUCUGGGGGUCAGCAAGUCAUUACAAUAGUUACAGAUGGAAUUCAGCUUGGUAAUUUGCACUCCAUUCCAACCAGUGGAAUAGGUCAGCCCAUCAUUGUCACUAUGCCAGAUGGGCAACAAGUAUUAACAGUACCAGCAACAGAUAUAGCUGAAGAAACUGUUAUAAGUGAAGAACCACCAGUCAAGAGACAAUGUAUUGAAAUUAUAGAAAAUCGGGUGGAAUCUGCAGAAAUAGAAGAGAGAGAAGCACUUCAGAAACAGCUGGAUGAAGCAAAUAGAGAAGCACAAAAAUAUCGGCAGCAACUUCUAAAGAAAGAACAGGAAGCAGAAGCCUAUAGGCAGAAAUUAGAGGCCAUGACUCGUCUCCAGACUAACAAAGAAGCAGUGUAAUUGAAAUGGACAAUAUAGUUUGAUUUUACCUUGAGUCAAGAAAGAGUACAAUCUUGAACUGUAUACUCCAUAUAAGUACAGUCAUGGGAAUCCAGCAUAGAGAAAAGAGACUUACAGGUUGAUAAUUGGACUUAAGCCAUGAGCUCUGAAUUUUCUUGUAACAUAAACUAUGAAUUUAGGAGUUGUGUGAAAAGUAUUUAAAACUGAAUUCUGUAAAUAGUUGGUUUGGUUUUUUUUUUUUUUUACAGUUCCAAAAUGAGUUGAUAAAAGAUGGUUGAAGAGAUCCAGAAACAUAAUAAGCCACUGUUUUUGUGAAUUCCUUUUGAUUUUAGUAUGAAUCUUAAUUUCUCAGAAGCAGAACAGUUUUAAGGGUGAUCCUUGUUGAUUAGACCAAAUAUAUGCAUAAUAAUUAUGUGGUGGACUGAUUCUGGAAUUAUUUCUAUAGGUAUCAACUAGGCCUCUACCUAAAGUAGAUUUCUCUAAGGAAAUCUUUGUAUAGCUUUAAGUAGUUGUCUCAGAUUAUCUGAAAACAUUUUUUAGAAAGUGAAACUUUUAUAUUUGUUUAACUUCAGCUAUAUCUGAGUAGAUUUACCUGUAUAUGAAGCAAAUAUUUUUUAAAUUUUCAGUUUGUACAUAUUCUGCAUGUUUUUAUAAUUUCAAAGUACAUCACUUGCAUAGGUAUUUUUUUUUUUGCAAAGAUGAUGAAAGUUAUUAGGAAGAAAAAACUUUUAGUCCAUAGGUCAUUGAAAUUAAGUAAGCUAGCAGCUGGUUAUAUUGGAAUGACAGUGUUCUUGGAAGUAGCAGUUUGCAAUGUAACUUAAAUUUGCAAACUCUGUAUGUACUCUCUUUUAAAAUUUCACAUAGGGGACUUGAAACUUUGUACUCAGUGCCUUCUAUCAUGACUUCCACAUGAAAACAUUUCCAGGCACUGGAUUGUAGGAUAAUGUUUUUGGAAAGCUCAACACAGGUGGGUUUCUGAAAUAUUCUCAAGGACUCAUUUCCCCCCAGGAAACUAGAAGAGCCAAAUGUUGCCUUGGCUGUUCUCAUGAAAAACAUUUGCUUUUGGAUGUAGGACAAGAACUUUUCAUACUUCAUUGAUGCCACUGUUGUCUAGAAUUAUUGCUUUUUAUUAUAAAAGCAAGUUGUCUGUGCUGUGACUUGCUCUAUCAUAAAAUUGUUAAAUUCCAUGAUAGGCAAAUGAUUAAAUUUUGACUUUAUUGUUCACUUUUGGGUUUUUUUGGUAAAACAUAAGUUCAGGCCUUUUUUUCUUGCUUUGCUUUUCUGUUUCACUGCUUUAUGAAAAUGUUUAUCUAAACCUAAAAAUCCUCUAGAUAACCUAUACUGUAUAAGAAAGAAAUUACCCUUAAAACUGUACUCUGGUCUACUUUUCUAUUUUACAAUUAAAUAUCUUUUUCCACAUAUGUUCAGUGUAGACUUAAUUCUCUUUUGAUCUUACUUCAUUCAUACGUUAAAAGUUGUAUGUUAUUGUAUAUCUGAACCAUAACCUAUUCUAUUAAAAUACUGUAUAAUUUUCACACCGUGUCUUAAAAGAAUCUCCAGCAUAAAAAUGCCAGGUAUGUAACUUCUUGGAUCUGUGUUCCUCAGGAGGUUGUGGUUCCUUUCCUGGAAUUACAGUAUAUUUAUUAAUAUAAUAAAAAGUAUUUGUGAAAUAUGAAUAAAAAAGUUUAGUUGCUCUAUAGAAGCAGUUUUAAAAAGUCUUAGAUUGCAGUGAAUUUCAGAGGCCUUCAAAUCUCAUGAAUGAGGCCUUCUAGCGUCCAUUCUUCUCAUGUCUGGUAUUAUACAGUACCUAAAAUCUUCUGCGGUAUUUCCAAAUAUACCAGUCCACAUUUUCAGUAGUGGGAAGCUAGAUGGCACAGUGAAUAGAGUACUGGGCCUAAAGUAAGAAGACCUGAGUUCAAGUGUGACCUCAGAUAUAAACUGUGGGACCCUGAGAAAGUCACUUAACUCUGCCUC